AACAGAAUCGCAGCGAUCAGUGUAAUUGGUACUGUGAUGGUGGCAGGGGUGCUCUGUUGUCUAAGAGGUAUGCGUAUCAAGUAGGUGGUAGUUUUAAGGAUAUUAUGAGAUCAGCUGGUGUUAUUACGCACAGUGCUUAAAUUCUGGGACGUUGCGCUUGAGCAUUUAUUUUCUUUUAAAUAGCUCAUUUCGGCAUUAAGAAUGAGUGCUGCGUCGUGGCAGUGUGUGACUGCACAUUUAUACCUUUAUCCCCAGUGGGUCUAACAGCCGUGACAUGGUCAUCACGUGGGAAAGCAACUUUACAGAAAACAGUCAUUGAUGGAGAGAGUGCACUCUGGGCGUUAAGACGAAGGAAUUGUUCCAGUAUGGUAUUGUUCUUGAGUUUCAUGCAAUGAUACCCUGUUAAGAUAUACUAUGAAUGGAUUCUUUGUGUGUCCUGUACUGGUACUUGCUUUGAAAACACGUGCAAGGACCUAAAUGACUGAUACAGCUGCUAAACUUACUUGCCAUUGUGGAAGAAAGGUCAUAAAAUGCAAUUCGAUAUAUACCACUAAGUGGUGUAAUGGGAGGUUCUUUAAGUAAGGCCUGCUGCAUUCCUUCAUGGAGUCCACAUAAACAAGUAGGGGAAGAUAAAAGGCUAAUCAGAAGAAGCAUUUCUGCAUCCUCACCCAACUCAAGCAUUCAGUCAGAAAGGUAUAAGCAAAGACAAAAAAGAGAAACUAGAAAUGGUACAGUCAUGGAAAAACAGAGAAAUGUUUGUAACAGAGCAGCAAUGAUGGAAAAGUACAAGACUCCUAUGGGUAUUGGACAAAGUAACAACUCUAAAAAGAAUGGUGCUCAGCAAGACAGGUCUUCCAUUCCAGGUGCUGCUAGCAGUGGAAAACAGAACCAAGAUAACAAGAGUUCCAAAAAUAUUGCUAAAAGACUUAAACUAGAGGGCAGUGAUGAUUCUGCAGACAUUGUAGAUGUUAGACAAGAACAUAAUGUAGGAAUGGAUGUAGCUGGACUGGAUGCCACUGUGAAUAAGGAUGAAGGAAGUGCAGAUGAGAUGUUGGUGGAAAAACAAUCUGAUGAUGAGCAGGCUCCUGAUCCAGUAUUGGAUUUACAAAUGACCAAUAAAGACCAACAUAUGGCGACAGAGGAAUUGGCUGCCAGUAAGGAUGAUAAAACCCAUCUUUCUAGUAAUUAUUCAAAGAAAUGCCAAGAAAAUCCUGAAGAAUACAACAUGAUAAAUUCUUUACAAAAUAAGGAAGAAGUGUUGCCUGAUAAAGACAGUGAUGAAGAUUUGUAUAGAGAUGAAGAAGAAAUCAAAAAGGAAAACCUGGUGGCUGUUUUAAAUGAUGUUGAACAAAAGAUGAGUGUGUUACCAGAAGUUGACAUUUUAACAUACUGUGUUAAAGAGUGGAAAGGAGGAACACCGAAGGCAGAGUUAAUGAAAAAGGCCUAUGCAGCAGUGUCCCAGACUUUUAGCUGUAUAAGAAGAGUUAGAGGAGAUAAUUACUGUGCUUUGAGAGCAACCCUGUUCCAGGCACUAAGCCAGCUCACUCAUCUUCCUUCUUGGUUACAGAGUAAAGAUUUAGACAAGAUUCCAGAAAAGUUAAUUGCAGAGUAUGACUGGAUUAACCAAUGGAGAUUCGGGCAAGAUGUAAAAAUGGAAAAUGAGAGCCCUAGUGAGAUAAUGAAAGCAUGUUUGCAACAUCUGAAGGAAAAGUGGACCUAUCUACAUUCACUAGAAGAUCCACAUGAGAAGGUUGUAGCCUGUGAGAACAUUUUCCAAGGUGAACAGGAAGAAUAUUUCCUCUAUGAAGCUGUAAAAUUACUUAUGUUAAAAAAAGCUAUUGAACUGUAUUGUGAAAAAGAAGAUGGAAAUGAUGUACCAAUAUUUUGCUGGCUUCUGUUUGCACGAGAAGAGUCUGACAGCCCCUACAGAUUUAUGAAAAACAGUUUGAAUCAAGUUGGCUACACAGGUGGACUUGAGCAGGUUGAGAUGUUUCUUCUUGGCUAUGCACUGGAAUUGACCAUUGCAGUUUACAGGCUGUCUGACUUUGGCACAGAUGAAUUUCUAACAUUCUACCCUGAUGAUCACAAGGAUAUAUGGCCUGUUGUAAUUCUUACUGCAGAGGAUGACAGACACUAUAACGUUCUUGUCAGAAAGAAGGAAUCUGCAAUAAAUGUGAAAGAUGUAAUGAACAAAAUCCCUGAGACAUCAUAAUGUGACUUACUGAGUUUAUGUGUGUUUUAUGCUUUGGUUAUCUUGUAGUACAUGGUUGGAUUGUUUGAACUACAUUUCCAGAAUUUGAUAGUUAUAUGGAAUCAGAGGUUGGUGCUGGUGUGGUAACAUUGACCCUUUAUGACAGAAACAUCAAGUGAAUAAGCAAGCAUAUGUGCUCAAAAUGGUAGAUUACUCUGGUGAAAGUUAAAAUGUUCCAUAUUUUUUCUAAUGUGAAACUAAAAAUUUUGGUCAUUUGUAAGAAUGGUAGAGUACUGCAGAUGUUAUAGUAACAGCCCCUGUGCAAACAAAACUGCUUUAAUUGUAUACUUUGACCAAGGCUGAGCAUUUAGUACACACAAAUGUACAUUAUCCCUUGCUUCCCUGCUAUUGCACUGCCAAUAUAUAAAGUUAAUGUAGAGAAGACCUCCCUUGCUAGGAUGUUUUUCACACAACUUUAUAAUAAAGGGGGAAAUAUUAAAAGCCAUUAAAUACUCAGAACUGGAACUUAUUUGAUAGCAUCACACAAAAUAUGCUACUGUAAUUAUUGCAUUAUCCUGAAUUCCUAGAUUUUAUUUCUGAGUCUGUGUUUGCAAAUACUGACGUACAUACAAAUAUUUCAGGCAUGGGUAGUAAUACUCUUCUAACCUGCCAAUAUACCAAUACAUGUAUUCUCUUAAUAAGAGUCCAGGUUAUUCUUCAAAUAUCUAAACUAGUACUUGCUUUAAUGUAAUUUGGUAGGCUAUUCUAUGUAUCAUCUACUCUGUCAGAGAACCAUUUGGUACAUGUCUCAUUCCUAUGUAAUAGUCUACAUUGGUUGUGUGAUGAUUCUAUACUAGUUUUUGAUAACCCCAAACAUUCCAAGAGCCAUUUCUGUCUAAAUGCCCAAUAUAUCUAAAUGAGGUCUCCUCUUAACUGUCUGUAUGAGACGCUGCGCAAGUUUCAGAUAUUUUAGUCUUUCAAAGUAACUUAAAUUUUCACAUCCAUGGAUGCCCUUGGUAUAUAUCCGCUGUACUCUUUCCAGUUUACUCAGCCUUGUUUUUUUUUUUUUAAUUUCCAUAUUGUUCUUACAUACGCAAAGUUUUGGUCUAAUGUAACUAACAAACAUUCACUUCAUCAUUUCUGAUUUCCUAGACUUUAUAAAUCUUUUUCUACAACGUCUAUAAUUGUCAUUAACCAAUCAGUUGAUAUGAUUAGAAAAACUCAAAGCUAUAUACGUAGGUCCUUAAAUGAAUCUACAGUUUCAGUCAAUGUGUGUUGUAUUAAGUAUUCACCUUUCAGUCUUUGUUGCCAAAUCUCAUAUGCUUCGUUUCUGAUUUAUCAGCAUAUUAUUCUUCAGUGUCCAGAUGGUCAAUUUACGGCACGUUUGCAAAAGAACUUGACUAUCUGUAACACAAGCAAUCAGUUUACCCAUUUUCAGGUCAUCUGUGUACAGACUGCAGAACACCUCAGAUGAAAAAGAUAGAUCUGAAAGUUAAAAUCCAAACAAGCAUGGACAGAAGACAAAGCCCUUUAGGAUAUCCUGACUAUAACCAAGACUUGGUAGAUUAUCUAAUUAGCUUCAAGUAAGUUUGUAUUUAAAUAUUUUCUUAAGAAACACGAUGUGCUGAGGGCAAAGCCGUCUACACCCACCAUACCUCUUAAUUAUUGUAUUCAACUCUGUGGUAUAUGCACCUCAGCUGAAAAGAGAGUCCCACUUUUGCAGCUGUCACUGACAGCUAAUGUGAUAUUAAAUGGGAUGUAUGAGAUUCCCCUUUGCCCACUUAACUAUUUACAAAUUGUAUGUUCCUUACUUUUAUGGACUAGUAUUCACUGAAUUGUAGGGUUCCUUAAUUUUAUGAACUAAUAUUCCCCUAGAAAAAAAAAACAUGCAGCUACCUAGUGGGUGUUAACUGAUUAGCAAAUACGUAGUAGUACUGGCAAAUAAUGUACCAGCUCUGAUGUACAAGUUGGCUAGACCUUUGUACCCAUUGGUUCAUAUUGCAUCUCUUAAAUACCAAGUAUCCUAGAACCCUGAAGGAGAAAGGGGAAAAAAUAAUACAAAGUUAAUGCUCACACACAUUCAGUGUUUUUGUUCGGGAUUGCGCACAUUACUGAACUGGAAUAAAAUUGAGUUAGGUCAGCAAAAGUCAGCUUAGUUAAAUAUGAUUUAUUCUGAGAAGCAAUGUAGAAUGAAAUUAUAUUCAUUGUAUAAUACUGGAUCCUACAUUACGUAUGAACUUGAAAAUGUAGUACAUAAAAAAAUAAUGCUAGAGAAAGUAUAACAUUCAGGAGUGUUUAUCUAUUCAGCUAGGAUCUUCAGCAUUCUACUGCAGCAUCUGCAAGCUGUAAUAUUGCCAGUAUGGACUCAAUGAUAUCCUAAGCAUGUAGUUUAGUUGCUUACUCCCUUGCAGUAUAGUCACUGUGCUGCAGAUAAAGUAUGUGCAAGACUUGAGUAAACCAUAAUGCUAAAGGAUAAGUAUUGUUAGAUACUAUUGUCUUAGGCAGAGUUAAUGAGAAUGUGUAUACUUUUUAGAAGUGAGCAUAACUAAACACUAAUUCUUCAUUUACAGCCUUCACUUCUUUUAGCUACUUUACUAAGAAAUGACCACAUAUGUUAAAGUUGCCAUUCCAGAAGUUUUACCAGCCCGUACAUUGAUGAUGGAAGCUUAAAUCUCAUAAAAUGAUAGUGUUCCUGCUUUGUAGCUUAUAAGACUGAUGGUAUUCUCUGAAGUCAUUGCUGUAUGGUUUCCUUUGCAGAUUGUCUACAUGGUUUUGACGGGAUAGCAGAUUUCAUAAUCACUGAAGUAUUCCAAAAAUGUUUGCAUAAGCUACUUGACUGGACUAGUGCAGAUUCAUAAAAAAACGUUUGUGGCUCAUUUUGUAUUCAGUUUUGCAGUCUUGUAUUACUCUUCUUCCAAGUGAUUUUGCCUUAAUCUUUAUUAUAGCAUAGUAACAUUGGUUCCAGUCAGGAGAAGAUGUUAACAGCACUAAUGAGUUGUGAGAUAGUUUUUGUGUCAGUAUGUGAAAAACAGCAGAAAUGAGUUUAGAGGAUGAAUUGUUUGUUUUUUGCUUAUGUGUAAAAGGGAUUGUGUGAAGCCAGAGCAUAAAUAAAUGCUGAUUUGUUUAUUUAAAUAAAUUAUUUUAAUAAACCAGUUCUGAUUUUUA